AUGCCGUAUGCGGUUACAGCGGCUCCGGCAUCUUCCGAUGGCCCUGCGAUGCCGUAUGCGGUUACAGCGGCUCCGGCAUCUUCCGAUGGCCCUGCGAUCCCGUAUGCGGUUACAGCGGCUCCGGCAUCUUCCGAUGGCCCUGCGAUGCCGUAUGCGGUAACAGCGGCUCCGGCAUCUUCCGAUGGCCCUGCGAUGCCCUAUGUGGUUACAGCGGCUCCGGCAUCUUCCGAUGGCCCUGCGAUGCCGUAUGUGGUUACAGCGGCUCCGGCAUCUUCCGAUGGCCCUGCGAUGCCGUAUGUGGUUACAGCGGCUCCGGCAUCUUCCGAUGGCCCUGCGAUGCCGUAUGUGGUUACAGCGGCUCCGGCAUCUUCCGAUGGCCCUGCGAUGCCGUAUGUGGUUACAGUGGCUCCGGCAUCUUCCGAUGGCCCUGCGAUGCCGUAUGUGGUUACAGUGGCUCCGGCAUCUUCCGAUGGUCCCGCAAUCCUGUAUGUGGUUACAGCGGCUCCGGCAUCUUCCGAUGGUCCCGCAAUCCUGUAUGUGGUUACAGCGGCUCCGGCAUCUUCCGAUGGCCCUACGAUGCCAUAUGUGGUUACAGCGGCUCCGGCAUCUUCCGAUGGCCCUACGAUGCCGUAUUUGGUUACAGCAGCUACGGCAUCUUCUGAUGGCCCUGCGAUGCCGUACGUGGUUACAGUGGCUCCGGCAUCUUCCGAUGGCCCUGCGAUGCCGUAUGUGGUUACAGUGGCUCCGGCAUGUUCCGAUGGUCCCGCAAUCCUGUAUGUGGUUACAGUGGCUCUGGCAUCUUCCGAUGGCCCUGUGAUGCCGUAUGUGGUUACAGUGGCUCCGGCGUCUUCCGAUGGCCCUGCGAUGCCGUAUGCGGUUACAGUGGCUCCGGCGUCUUCCGAUGGCCUUGUGAUCCCGUAUGUGGUUACAGUGGCUCCGGCAUCUUCCAAUGGCCCUGUGAUGCCGUAUGUGGUUACAGUGGCCGUGGCGUCUUCCGAUGGUCCUGUGAUGCCGUAUGUGGUUACAGUGGCUCCGGCAUCUUCCAAUGGCCCUGCGAUCCCGUAUGUGGUUACAGUGGCUCCGGCAUCUUCCGAUGGUCCUGUAAUGCCGUAUGUGGUUACAGUGGCUCCGGCAUCUUCCGAUGGUCCUGUGAUGCCGUAUGUGGUUACAGUGGCUCCGGCAUCUUCCGAUGGCCUUGUGAUCCCGUAUGUGGUUACAGCGGCUCCGGCAUCUUCCGAUGGCCUUGUGAUCCUGUAUGUGGUUACAGCGGCUCCGGCGUCUUCCAAUGGCCUUGUGAUCCCGUAUGUGGUUACAGUGGCUCCGGCAUCUUCCGAUGGCCUUGUGAUCCCGUAUGUGGUUACAGUGGCUCCGGCAUCUUCCGAUGGCCUUGUGAUUCCGUAUGUGGUUACAGUGGCUCCGGCAUCUUCCGAUGGCCUUGUGAUCCUGUAUGUGGUUACAGCGGCUCCGGCGUCUUCCGAUGACCUUGUGAUCCCGUAUGUGGUUACAGUGGCUCCGGCGUCUUCCGAUGGCCUUGUGAUCCCGUAUGUGGUUACAGUGGCUCCGGCGUCUUCCGAUGGCCCUGCGGUCCCGUAUGUGGUUACAGUGGCUCCGGCGUCUUCCGAUGGCCUUGUGAUCCCGUAUGUGGUUACAGUGGCUCCGGCGUCUUCCGAUGGCCUUGUGAUCCCGUAUGUGGUUACAGUGGCUCCGGCGUCUUCCGAUGGCCCUGCGGUCCCGUAUGUGGUUACAGCGGCUCCGGCGUCUUCCGAUGGCCUUGUGAUGCCGUAUGUGGUUACAGUGGCUCCGGCGUCUUCCGAUGGCCCUGUGAUGCCGUAUGUGGUUACAGUGGCUCCGGCGUCUUCCGAUGGCCUUGUGAUCCCGUAUGUGGUUACAGUGGCUCCGGCGUCUUCCGAUGGCCCUGCGGUCCCGUAUGUGGUUACAGCGGCUCCGGCGUCUUCCGAUGGCCUUGUGAUGCCGUAUGUGGUUACAGUGGCUCCGGCGUCUUCCGAUGGCCCUGUGAUGCCGUAUGUGGUUACAGUGGCUCCGGCGUCUUCCGAUGGCCUUGUGAUCCCGUAUGUGGUUACAGUGGCUCCGGCGUCUUCCGAUGGCCUUGCUGUGCUAUCAUAG